GUUGCUAGGAAAUGAGGGGUUUUUUUAAGUUCCUUCCUGAGUCCAAUUUCUUGACAUAUUUUAUUUGAGAGAUCACAAAGGAGGAUCUUUUAGAAGGGAAACUGCUACUUAAAGACACACGCUUAGAAAGGACAAUGAGUUUAGACAGCGAUAUUCAUCUAUUGUUCUGCUAACUGUUAAGCACUUCUCUAUCUGGAAUCCUACCCCAGUCAUCCCGUUUCUGUGAAUAUGAAAUGACUGAAUCAAUCUGAGGAGGUCAAAACGCUUUUCGUAUCUAAAACCUUGUAAUCUUUUGUUAGCUUAGAAGAGCAAAAAUUCUAAGUUCUUGAGAUGGCUUUAGAGACAUGUGGAAGCUGUUUGAGUUGCCUGCUGAUACCUCUUGCACUUUGGAGUAUUGUUGUUAACAUCUUAUUAUACUUCCCUAAUGGGAAAGCUUUGCAUGCCGCCAGUUACCAGCUUCCCAACUACGUGUGGUAUUUUGAAGGGAUCUGUUUCUCAGGUGUGAUGAUCCUUCUGCUGGCAGUAAUUCUAAUAACACUGGAGUGUAGUGUGUUCUAUCGGUGCUGCCAGAGUGAGAGCUGUAACAAAACCUACAGGAGUUUUAUAUCAAUUGUGCUAGCCCUGCUUGGAGUUGCUUUCUCUGGAUACAGUUGCAUCAUUUUUACCUUGGGGUUGAUCCAAGGCCCCUUCUGCAAUUCGUCAGAUGGAUGGGAUUAUAUCUUCAAAGACACUGCUGGAGGGUACCUCACAGAUUACCCUGCUUGGUCUCGGUGCACCGAACCUGCUAACAUAGUGGAGUGGAAUAUCAUCUUACUGUCUAUUCUGGUAGCUCUUAGUGGACUGCAGUUGAUCAUCUGUUUUCUCAAAGUGGCUGCUGAGUUGAAACGGACACUCUGUGGGACCUACUCUGUUUUUGUCCAGGCUGGGAUUCUCUGAAAAUGACAAGGAAGUCUUCACUGCUUCUUCCCCACCCCUCAGAAAAAAGAGAGAAAUGGCUUCCCCAACAUUUAUGAUGGUAGAUAUGGGUGCUGCAAAGACAAUGAAACCCUUGUCUUAAAUCUUCAUGUCUCAAGCCUCUCUAGCUUAGAUGAAGUUGUUUGAACUGUCUGACAUCUACAAUUUCCUGGUUGUUUUCUAACCUGUUCAGUUGUCCCUGGCAGAGACUCUUCAUAUUUUUUUUUUCCUCCACCUUGUUCUGACAGUAGAGGGUUGAAUACCAUGGAUCUGUUUUUAUAUUGAAAUAAUUUUUUUUUUUAAAUUUUUUUUUUUUUUUAAAUAAACUGCUGUAAAACUGCCAUAGAACUGCUUUUAUACUCCCCUCUCUUUGUUUAGAACACAGGAAUACUUGUUGUUCCAAAAAGGUCUGAUAAUAAAUUUUAGUUACAGACAGAUCGUGAUGGUCACAAAGAGCAGCAGCUUAUCCUGCUCAUUCUCUCUUGGAAGUUCUUAACUGCACAAAGCAAUUACUGGAAAAAGUCUAUCAAGUCUUCCAGUGGAAAGGCUUUUAGAGCGGCAUCCGGACCUGAUCGAAAGAUUAGAUACACAGCUUUGAAGUCAGCCAUGCUAGUUAGAACACAUUAAUAGCUGCAUUGAGUUUCUUUUUAUUUUACACUUGGAGGCAAACUUUUCUUUUUUUAGUCAACUAUUAUGUGACUUGAGAGGAUAUGUAAGGAAACCUUGUAAGCACCUAGUGCUAGCUUAUUAAUACUCUUCUAAAUACCCUGACCUUGCUGCAAUAGAAAGCUAAUAUUUUGGACAAUAAUAAUCAGAUGAAAGAGAAUAAUCCAUUUUAAAUUAGCAGCUAAAAAGUAUUUUUAUUUUUUCAAAGAAUUAUUGUUUAAUUCCCAGUGGAAAUUUAGGAAUUUACAAUAAGGUGGAUGUUUGGCUCAUUUGCAGCUGCAUGGGCAACAGUUUGGCUGUAUUCAAUACUCUAGUUAUGAGAGAAUGGACACCCAGAGGAAAGCAAAAUAUGUACUUCAGACUCAUGGUAAUGCAUAUAUCUUUCUUACAUCAGAACUAGUGAUAUUCAGCUAUAUCAACAUCUAAUAUAAAAUGCUGCUAGCACUGCAAACAGUACAGUAAGUAGCAGCUAUGGGUAAGAUAUUUAGAAAAAAAAUAGAAUAUAUCAGUCAUUUAAUUUUUUUUCAAGACAAAACUCAUUUUUUGCUUUGAUAUUCCUUUACCAGAUUGUUUUGAAAAGCUGAUUUCUUCCUGUAGGAUUUGAAAAAUGCAUUUAAAGUUUUAAUAGCUUAGUUACUAUUAAGUUGCAAGAAGUAAUGAAGAAAUUUAUGAUGUUUAAGAAUGGAGCUAGUCUUUUGGGAGACAGUUCAAGGUGGCAUGGGUGUUCAGAGAUGCAUGAUAAAAAGGCAUGAUAAGAUGGGGACCGUUUGUAUCUGCGCACUUGUUUUUUCCUAGGCUUAAAUAUAAAUCAUAUCACCUAUCUACUUAAAUGAUAAUCUCACAUUCUUAUGGACUUGCGGAUAUUGUUUGCGGACAGAAGGAAAGGAAGGAAAACUUAGCAAUCAACCCAUACUCCUACCAAAUAUCUUGGAGAAUCUUGCUGAUUUCAUGCCUGCAAACUAUGGAGCUGUUUGUUUUGAAGAUGUUAGAAAUAUUUGAAAAAAGGUUUUGGGUAUUUGGUUUGUGUUGGGUAGAUAUUCAAAGCAGAAAACCCUCCAACUGCUAAAUAUUCCUGAAGUGAAUGGUGCUGUUUCACUGAAAAAAGCCAACAAACUGGGUAUUCUAUUCAGACUCCAGCUCAGCCAUGGGGAAAAUACAGGCUUAUCUGUAGGCAAACGGUCUAUUGAGAGCGGUGUUGCUAUGCUGGAUGAAAACAAUGAAAUACGUUAAAGUUACACUGGAAACUUAACUCUUUUCUUGCUUCUGUGUAUGUCCUUUCUACUUCUCAGUGUCUUCUGACUCUGCUUAUGGAAAGUCUUGAGCUUGGCAGAUGAAAGACACAAAGAGAAGUAUCUAGUUUGACAGCUUUUUCUAUAGUAAUAUUAUUAGUCGCUGUACCUAACGACUGGCAGGGCUUGAUUGUCUUUGAUUCUUUUUUUCUUUUUUGUUUGUGUGUUAUUGUCUUGUGAAUUUACAUUUCUGCUGUAUCAGAGACUGGUAUCUCCUAUUUUAGUGGCUUAAAUCAAAGAAAAGAUGCGUAAUUCAGUUCUUGUUGGGCAUAUUGAUUCUGCAGCCCUCUUCAUCCAUAAUCUAUAUAUUGGCAUCUCCAUUGCCAUAGCCAGACUCAACUGUGACUUAGCAGCUCAGUUUUUAAAUGGACAGUUUAUUAAUUUGAACUUGAUAGUAAGAAUACUAAAGGCUAAGAGUGGGUUGCAUUUGCAAAUUUAACAACUUGUUUCACACAGGGCUUUUGGAUGUAAGGCAAAUUUAAACUUGAUCUAACCAAUUUAAGUCCUGAUUCAAUCCUAAAUAAGGUGUCUCUAAGAAGAGGUACUAUGAACUUUACCUUGUAGCAAACCCAAGAUUCCUCUAAGGAAUAUUAACUGGCUUGAAAUCUAGAUACAACACACAACUCUGGUGGUGGUGUUUAAAGCAAUGUGACCGUCUGGCUCUCCAGCUGCAGAAAAUAGACCUCACCCUGACAACAGGAGAAGGAAGUGGGCCACAGAGCCAGGACAAAGCUCACUCCCUGCUGGCAUACAAGAAACCCUUUUUUGAAGAAGUGUUCCUGAACCUGAAUUGCAUGUGCUGCUUGUUAAAUAAAAUACACUGGGCAUACCUGGAACAAAGCUGCAGGUUUGAGGUUAUAAACUUCGGCAAGUAAGGAGUUAAUACUGAAAUCUAGAAGUUAGAGUUUCAGCACUAUCUGUUCCUCACAGCCUAUGCAUUUUGCUAGAGUAUUAUGAUGCUGUGUCUAUGAUGGGAGUACCAUUCAUUUAAAACACUACAAUGGAAAUAGCUGUAGAGACUUGGUUUUGACCACAAAUAAUUGUGGGCUGAGAUCUGUAGUAAAAUACUGUGGAGUCCCAUCCACACCUUUACAUGUUGGGGUAUAUUAUUGCUUGUGUAGGUGAAAUUGAGUCUCACUGAAGUACAGUUUCCUGAUUACUGAUUCUUCACAUGUUGGAUGGAGGUGUUUUCCCACAUUGAAAAAGAAUAGGGUGGCAGAGGCCAGAUGAAGCUCCCCAGAAUGUUAAAGUUUACCUGCAAAGUUUUGCAGGAGGUCAGAACAGCAGGAUGGGCAGCAGACUAUAAGCACGUCAUUCAGAUUAGAGAAUUAUGAAAUUGUGGGGUUUCAAUUCAGUCUCUCUGGGAGCUUUUGUUAAGACUUUUUUGUCAGAAUAUUCCAUGUUUGCUUUUGUUUUGGGUUUGUUGUUUUCUUGGUUUUUCUGGGUUUUGUUUUUUUUUUUUCAUCAAGGAACAUUUUUAAAGUAAAAGAUGAGCUUUAUAUUUUCAAAGCAAACUUCCAGAAUAGUCAUUGCAUUCCCAGCAUCCUCAGUAUGAGAAAUGUACUGUGGUUUAAAACAGUAAGGGGAUAUUCAUGACACCGAACUGCAGACUCAUAAUUUAACCAAUUAAAUUAGGUGUUUAAGUCUUUUUAGGUCCUGUUUACCAGAGAGCAAUGCUCAGCCUGUAUUGCUCAGAAUACAGGCUUCGGAAGCUUGGUCACCUCUGUCAGCUUUUUGAGUUCCUUAAGAGAAAGAUACUAGGAGUGUGCUGAGGCACACAAAUAUCGUAAAGUUUGAAUGAGGCACAAUUAAAAGUUGUAAUGGAAAAAUCUUGCCUGUCAGAAGUUUUUGUUUAUCUUUAAAUAAAACAAACAUGCAGUUCUUCUGCGAAUUAGGAAAAAGUAAUUUAGAGGAGUCAAAGCACUAAGGCAAAGAAAUGCUCAUGGUUUUACACUGAAAUAAAUGUGGCGAUUUCAAGGA